AUGAUACAGCGUUCAGUUUAAAAGAACUGUCCACUUGUUAAGUCUUAAUAAGUUUAAAUGUUGCACAUUGACUGAGUCCUUCUUUAGAGCCUAAUAUUUCGAGUUUACUUAUUAUAUUUAAUUUUAUUAUUGUAACAAACAAUAUUUCUAUCGCGAUGUCUAUUGCAACGAAAGGUAUUUUUAUUGUUGCUGCAAAACGUACUCCAUUUGGUACAAUGGGUGGCUCGUUUGUCAACAAAAGUGCAACCGAUUUAUCAGUGGUUGCAGCAACAGCCGCCCUGCAAUCCGCAGGAUUGAAACCUGAAAAAGUAGAUAGUGUUAUCUUUGGUCAUGUAUCACCUGUAACAUCCAAAGAUGGAGCUUUACUGGCACGUCAUGUUGCAUUGAAGUCUGGAAUACCUAUCGAAAAGCCAGCUUUUUCAGUUAACAGACUAUGCGGUUCUGGAUUUCAAUCAAUAAUCAGUGGUGCACAUAGUAUUUUAACUGGAGAGGCCAGAAUAGUUCUAACAGGAGGCGCGGAAAAUAUGAGUCAAGGUCCUUUUAUUAUAAGAAACGUUCGUUUUGGUACAGUUUUAGGGCAAAAUUAUGAUCUCGAGGAUAGUUUAUGGACUGGAUUAUAUGAUACUUACUGUGAAUUACCUAUGGGUAUGACAGCAGAGAAGCUUGGAGCUCAAUAUGGUUUAAAAAGGGAAGAAGUAGACCAAUUUGCUUUAAGAAGCCAACAGCUUUGGAAAGCUGCCCAUGAUGCCGGUCGUUUCAAAGAGGAACUAACACCUGUAACACUGAAGGUGAAGAAACAAGAUGUUGUCAUGGACACAGACGAACAUCCACGUCCUCAAACAACUCCUCAGAGCUUAGCUAAGUUACCCCCUGUUUUUAAGAAGGACGGUUUAGUCACAGCUGGUUCCGCGUCGGGCAUUUGCGAUGGCGCGGCAACUGUUAUUUUAGCUAGCGAGGAAGCCGUUAAAGCAGAAGGACUAACACCGCUGGCUCGUCUACUAGGUUCCUCAAUUGUAGGUGUAGAUCCUUCAAUUAUGGGAAUUGGUCCUUCACCCGCUAUCAAACAACUUCUUAAAACCACGAAUAAAACGCUGGACGAUAUCGAACUUAUUGAAAUUAACGAAGCUUUUGGAGCUCAAACAUUAUCGUGUGCUAAGGAUCUAAAUUUAGAUAUGAAUAAAUUAAAUGUAGAUGGUGGUGCUAUUGCUCUUGGACAUCCAUUGGCUGCAUCUGGUAGUAGGAUUACUGGACACUUAGUGCACGAGCUUAGAAGACGAAAAAGUGGAAAAUUAGGAAUUGGCUCCGCCUGCAUUGGUGGAGGACAAGGAAUAGCUGUGAUGGUAGAAGCUCUUUAAUAAAUCAUGAUCGUGAAUUACGAUAAAAAAUUGAAAUUGUGCAAUUAAAAUCAACGAAUAUCGAAAGGCGUGUACUAUAUCGCGUUUGUUCGCGCUUAUAUUUUUGAUAUAUAUAUAUACACUGAGAAAGAAAUUGAAAAAAUAUAUUUCUCAAUUUUUAUGCAAAUACAAAUUUUAUAUUAUACUAUUUACAAUAUUAAUAAUAAUGUAAUAUGUUUAUCAACGUUCUCGUAAAUAUACAUAUUUUAAAUAUUUUUCUA